AUGUCCAAGUUGUCUCACCCGUCGCGGUCUUCGAUCACCGCUGUCCCAACGCUCUCUCUCUUGUCUAAGAUCCUCGACCCCCUGGGCCUAUCCGACGGCGCUGCCCCCGGCGACAUUAAGAAGUGGCGUGAGACCGAGAUCAAGCAUGGGCGUGUGGCGAUGCUUGCGUCCCUCGGUGUCAUCGUCGCAGAGUUCUGGGUGUUCUCCCUCCUGGGCAUGGCCUUCAUCGAGUACAACACCAUCAUAACCGCCUUCGACACCCCCAGUGCUCUGACCGGCGAGGGCGGCCUGAAGGAGGACUACAUGCCGGGAGACCUCGGCUUCGACCCCCUCAACCUCAAGCCCGACGACGUGGCGGCUCUGGACGUGAUGAAGACCAAGGAGCUGAACAACGGCCGUUUGGCCAUGAUCGGCAUCGCCGGCAUGAUGGCGCAGGAGCUGGUCAACCCGGCGGACAUCCUCGGCUAGAUUGUAUUACUUUUGUCGGUUGGGAUUGUCUGGGUGUAUGAAUCAAGUGUGCUGGUGUGCUGUGAGUGUUUAAUGCAUCGGCCUGGUCCGAGAGGAUGGAAGGAAGUUGGGAGGUGCUACCUACCAUUUUGUUACGGCUUUUUCUCGCGAUCUCAGAUGCUGGUGCGAUACGGAUGUUCCUUCAUGCUUACGUUUUCGGCUGUAAUUUGGUGUUGUACCGAAGGAUUGCUAAGUGUCGACGGUUAGACUGGCCUUGCAUUCUGUUCUUCGAUGCAUACCACCGAUGGUGAUGUCGGCGGAAAGAAGAAUCUGUGUCGUUGUUGUCAUUAUGGUGAGAAAGUUUGCGUGAUGUUGUUUAGCCGAGGCUAUUCCCGCCCAGACUCAAGAAUAAAUUUGUCUCAUAUUUUCCCAUUAGACGAGCUUCGCCAUUUGGCUGUUUCCGUUGUAGCAUGUCUUGACGGUCCUGGUGCUGUCGAAACUCGAAAGGUCGAACUUGAAAGCGACAAAUGAGUAGUUUUAGCAUAGAGUGUUGCGCCCCGGAAUGUCGUGUUUGCGAGUCUGA